CAGUUCCUAUUUGUAGAAAAAAUAAUUUCUAUUAAUUUAUCAGCUUUUCUGUAAUCACGGAAUGGCGCCGAGUUUCAGCUCGAAAAAAUCAUGAGGGGAAGGAGCUUCUGAUUGUUUUUCUUAGCAAUCUCCGAUUAUAGAUCUCCGUCGAUUCGUCGGCGGAUAUAAUUUUUCUGUUGUGUUCUUGGAUUCAAGGACUUUUAGAUCGGUAUUUAGGCAGCUAAUAGAUUUUUUUUGAGGCGAAAAUGCCGGGGCAUGGGAAUCUGGAUAGGCAAAUACAGCAAUUGAUGGAGUGCAAGCCGCUAUCGGAAGCGGAGGUGAAGAUUUUGUGCGAUCAGGCGCGGGCGAUUCUGGUGGAGGAGUGGAAUGUGCAGCCAGUGAAAUGCCCCGUCACUGUGUGCGGCGAUAUCCACGGACAAUUUUACGAUCUGAUCGAGCUGUUCCGGAUUGGCGGCAAUGCUCCUGAUACGAAUUAUCUCUUUAUGGGGGAUUACGUAGACCGUGGGUACUAUUCUGUGGAGACGGUCACACUCUUAGUAGCCUUGAAAGUUCGUUAUAGAGAUCGAAUCACAAUCCUCAGGGGAAACCAUGAAAGUCGGCAAAUCACUCAAGUGUAUGGGUUCUAUGAUGAGUGCUUGAGAAAGUAUGGCAAUGCCAAUGUAUGGAAGUCUUUCACUGAUCUAUUUGAUUAUUUGCCUUUGACAGCACUUAUCGAAAGUCAGGUCUUUUGUUUGCAUGGGGGUCUUUCACCGUCACUGGAUACCUUGGAUAACAUUCGAGCUUUAGACCGCAUACAGGAGGUUCCACAUGAAGGACCAAUGUGCGACCUUUUAUGGUCUGAUCCGGAUGAUCGCUGCGGAUGGGGCAUAUCACCACGUGGGGCUGGCUACACCUUUGGACAGGAUAUAGCUGCUCAGUUCAACCACACGAAUGGCCUCACCCUAAUUUCAAGGGCCCACCAGCUUGUGAUGGAGGGUUUUAAUUGGUGUCAGGAAAAGAACGUGGUCACAGUGUUUAGCGCCCCAAACUACUGCUACCGUUGCGGAAACAUGGCUGCAAUACUUGAAAUCGGGGAGAACAUGGAGCAGAACUUCCUUCAGUUUGAUCCAGCUCCCCGGCAGAUUGAGCCUGACACAACCCGCAAAACUCCAGACUACUUCUUGUGAGCUCCGAGGUCAGUUAAUAUCACAGUGGAUUACUGUCGACACAUCAUUCUUUGUUUGGAGUUAGGCCCUGCUCCCGAAUUCCUGUUUUGUUCUCGCCGUAACUAACCAUGGGAGGGAGAUGUUUUGUAUAUUUUGCCCCAAAAAGCUAAAAAGCAAUUUAUAUGGUGUUAUGUAAUUUAAAAAGGCUUUGAUAGGAUCCAGUUUUUUUAGAAAGAUCACAAGUAGCAUUGAAUAAACUCAUUGCUUGCCUGAAAUUAGUUUGUAGAAUGGAAUUUUUUGGAUAUUUGAGUUAAUGAUGUGAUGAUUAUGGUGUGUGAGAGAUACAUAAUA